AUGCUAAUUCCGUUGAAGCCAUUGUCGUCGGUGCCGUCGCCGUCGAAGUCGGGGUCGGGGUCGUCGUCGGCAGAUCUUAACAAAAGCCAUAAAUUGUCGAUUUGUCACCGAAAUCGGAUUUUGAUGGGUGGUGGUUCUGCUUUGGUUGGUGGCACAAACAGUACUGACUACUCCAUAUCAAUCACGCCGCCGCCGUCCAAUCCGCCGGAUAAGCUCUGCCGGGUCGGCAGCGGCGCCAGCGUGAUCACCGACGGUGAGAACAACGUAAUCGAGGCGGAGUCGAGGAAGCUUCCGUCGUCGAGAUUCAAGGGCGUCGUGCCCCAGCCCAACGGCCGGUGGGGCGCCCAAAUCUACGAGAAGCACCAGCGGGUUUGGCUGGGUACUUUCAACGAGGAGGAAGAGGCUGCCAGGGCCUACGACACCGCCGCCCAGCGCUUCCGCGGCCGCGACGCCGUCACCAACUUCAAGCCGCUGUCGGAUCAGAAGCACGACGACGAGGUGGAGGCCGCGUUCCUGAACUCCCACUCGAAAGCGGAGAUCGUCGACAUGCUCAGGAAGCACACGUACGCCGACGAGCUCGAGCAGAGCAGGCGGAACUUCGGGAAGAACGGCGGCGGCGCCGCCAGAGGCGGCGGCGCGUUCGGAUUCUGCGGCGGGGCGGCGGAGAAGGCGCGUGAGCAGCUGUUCGAGAAGGCGGUGACUCCGAGCGACGUCGGGAAGCUGAACAGGCUCGUCAUCCCGAAGCAGCACGCCGAGAAACACUUCCCGUUGCAGAGCGGCAGCACGUCGAAAGGGAUACUGCUGAACCUGGAGGACAGAGGCGCCAAAGUAUGGCGGUUCCGCUACUCCUACUGGAACAGCAGCCAGAGCUACGUCCUCACCAAAGGCUGGAGCAGAUUCGUCAAGGAGAAGAAUCUACGCGCCGGCGAUGUUGUCAGUUUCCACCGAUCUACCGGACCCGACAAGCAGCUCUACAUUGAUUGGAAACCCAGGAAUAACGUUAACGCGCCGCUGCCCGCGGCGGCGAUUGCGGUUGUUCCGGGUCAGAUGGUGAGGCUAUUUGGAGUAAACAUAUUUGAAUCGCCGAGAAAUAGCGGCGGCGGGAAGAGGAUGGUAGAGAUGGAGCUAUUAGGAUUACACACUAGCAAGAAACAAAGGGUUGUCAACGCAUUGUGACAUUUAAUUAAUUGUUAAUUAAUCUUUUUUUUUUUAUAAAUUAAUUAAUUAGUGAUUAAUAUAAUCUCUUUUGUGAUUUUGUUCUUUGUUCGUGAUUAAUUGAAACAUGUAAUCAGUGUUGUAGAUGAAGUUUUACUAGUAGGCAUGCAAUUUGCAAAUUGUAGAA